AAAUAAUAUCCGUAAGCUAUAUAACGAGACACAGGGACAGCUGCAUGCAGAGUCAGUACCUAUUCAUUCAACAUUGAAAACGAACAUAAGAUGGGCUCCUUGAGGGUAUAUUUUUGCGACAUUUGCAUUCUCAUGUUGGUCGGGAUUAAUUAUUUUCUACUAGCUGAAGUUGUACCAGUUAGUAUCGCCCCAUUCGAAGACCGGAAAGGCAACUGCUCUUGCGGAGGAUUUCCGACUGUGACGCCAGAUCCUGGAAGUCUGCCCCUACUUUCUCAAACACCAAGUCUGGUCGUCAAAUGUGAUCAAGAAGGAGACAAUACAUGCAAGAUACUCUGCAAUGCAUUAGCAACAGCUACGAAAGCAAAAGGCCCUGAAAUUCUCUGCAGCAGGCUUAAAGAUGUCAACGAACUUAAGCUUUCAGCUUUUUACAAAACGUGCGACAAACCAUGGAGUUACGCAAACAUGACUGCCGAAGCCCCACUUUGCUGCGAAAAUUCCCAAGUGAAAGUUUGUUCGUCGGUGGUAACACUAAAAUCAACAGUGCAACCGGAAGCAAAGACUACCAUAUAAUUUAUUAACAGAGUUAUUUUUACGAAUAAAUGAAAGUCUAUAAAAAUUAUAAAUAAAACGAACUGUAUUUGCAUUUAUUACACUGUUACUAAUUUCGAACAUUACUUCAAUAAAAUGUAUAUCAAAUGA